GUGUGUUCUAGUUUUUGCUCGUAGCAAUGGUGGACCCAGCAUGGAUAGAAAUUAAUGAGAUAAAAGGUUUCGUCACGUUCCUAGCUAGUAUUGAUUGGUACGACCCAUGGUUGAUUGGAUUAAUAACGUUUCACAUUUGCAUAACCUCGACGGCGCUGCUCACGCGAAACUACGGAAAUUUCCAAGUGUUUUUGUUUUUCGUUCUGUUACUGCUAGUAUACUUUUCGGAAAGCAUCAACGAGUAUGCGGCGAUUAAUUGGAGAUUUUUCUCAGCACAGCAGUACUUCGAUGAUAAAGGCUUAUUCAUAUCGGUGGUGUUUUCAGUCCCCAUUCUGCUAAACUGUAUGCUCAUGGUGGGAAGCUGGCUUUAUCAGUCGACACAGCUGAUGACCAAACUAAAAACGGCCCAACUAAAGCAACAAAUCCGACAGUCCAACAGCAGGCAACGGUUAAAAGACGAAACGCAAGAGUGAAAACCUUUCGGGUUUUUUUUUGUCUGUCCAAUGAGCUCGUCUAGGACGUGGCAAAAAACUGAGCAUAUAGAAGGUAGGAACUAUGCUUUAGAAUACGCACCACACCUUGAAAAGGCGAACGUGGUAUGCUGUAUGAAAUUUGUGUGCUAGGGUAUUUGAAGCAAAUUGUUUUAUACUGCAGAGCACAGCUCUAGAGUGUUGAAAUGCCGGCAAUCGAUUAGUCAACCCCAUUUUGAGGUAUUCCCUAAUGUUUGACGAUAGUUAAGCAUAUUUUUAUCUACUUUUACUCUCUACAUCAAGAUGAUUUUUUGAUGCACUGCUUUUCGACAAAAUGAUUCCCGCAAACAAUAUUAAGCCAUCUUUUCGGUAGGAGGCUCUCGGGCUGAGCCUGGUGAGGGCGCAUUACACCAAUGAGCAACACAAAAAUCUUUCACCUUGUCAAUUUGCCAGCAGCCGUUUCCUAGUCAAUAUGUAUUCCACGUGUUUGCUUUUGAGGCGACACGUUGCUCGAUAAGGAUGAUAGCUACACGGCCAGUUAUGGGUUGGUUUUCACUUCGGCUUAAUCCACAGCAACAGCAUCAACAAAUUAACAACCGGAAUGUAUUUUAUUUCCGGAUGGAUUAUUUUAAGAAAAUAAGUACAAUCAAAAAUCACCAUACCGCGUGUUAGCCAACUUUUAUGUUUCUUUCCGUGAUAUGUACAUAGUGAACAGCUACGCGAUGCCAGGGCCAACACACAGUCUGAAAAGUAAAUAAAUUGACUAAUAAAGGGAUUGUUGUUUUAAGAUGUAGUAUACAGCAAUUUUUCUAUUCCCUUUUCAAGUUAUUUCACCGUAAGUUUGCUCGGAAGAACUGAGAAACAAAUGCUAACACCGUAAUAGUGCACAUUUCAACAGCAAACAAGGAAAUGGAUCUUUUUGUUUUAUUAAAAUCUAUAAUAUGCGAAACAAGUUUAUCUCCGUCAGUAGUGUCGUAUGCAGGGACACCCUUGAUCUAGUCCUAGAUCCUCAGCCUCUUGCUUAUAUUUUUUAAU